AUGCUUGAGUCAGAGGAUCCCGUGAAGGGGGCUGGGGUUGUGGUUGAGGUCGCGCCUUUGGUCUCCACAGAAUGCCCAUUUCCCUCGGCUCACAAGCGACUGGUCCGCCGCAUGGACUGGAAAAUCAUGCCCAUCCUGUCUGCAAUGUAUUUCUUCUCCGCUUUGGACAGAUCCAAUAUUGGCAACGCGAAAGUUGCCGGUAUGAACACGGAUAUUGGGAUCUCUGAUGCACAGCACUCGACAGCGGUGUCGAUAGUGUAUGCAACCUACUUGCCCUUCAUGCUUCCGGGAGUGUUGCUGAUGAUGCGGUGCUUCAACGACAAGAAGCGAGAGUAUCUUGGGUGCAUGGUUGCGCUCUGGUCAUUGGUGUCUACUUUCACAAUGUUUGCGAAUGGAUACGGAUCACUUCUAGCGUGCCGGCUGCUGCUUGGACUUUGA